CCUCCUGACUAUCCACCUGGUUCGUUUGACUUCUUGCGCCCUUUUUGUGUCCAGCUCACCCUGGAGCAAACGGUGUCUAAUGUAAAGAAGUUGCGUGCUCAAAUUGCUAUGACGGAGGUCUGUGUUCUUGAGAGCCUAAUGGAGUAUGUCUUGUUCCCUAUGCGCUUUUCCUUGAGGUCAAAGCCACACAAAGAGGCAAGUUUUAUGCAGGCUUUGUUGGAAUGCAUCUCCUAUUUCUUCUCACUAGUAUCUCUAAAGAGGAGAGAUAUUUUUCUCGACCUGUAUUCCGAGAUGUCCACCGGCCUUGGGUCGGAGUCAUUUGAAAAGUUUCCUGAAGAGCUAAAGCUUGCGCUGACCUCUGCCAUGCACUCGUUAAUCCGCUCCGCAACCUCAGAUGUCAUCCCUCUCCUGUAUGACCCAUGUAUGAUUGCAGAACUUGGAUUUUCCAUUAAUAUGUUGCUGAAUGUUGCUGAAAAUGAGAAGUCAAGAGAGUUACGCUUGGAGGCUUUAAAUUGUUUGGGAGCUAUUUUGCUGCAGGAUGUAGAGGUUACAUUUUCAAAGGGAGAUAUCUUUGCUACCUACUUUCCUGGAGUGUCUACUACCCUUACUAAGAUAAUCUGUGGGGACCCUAAUCAAGGGUACAGAUUGACUAGCACUGCAGUGCAUGUGUGGGCUGGCACAGUCUGCAUGAUGUUAUCUGAUAAGAGCUUAAUGGAGAAGUCAAGUGAGAAGCCUGAGUUUUCUACAUUGCAUAAAAGCAUACAAAAGGUCUUGAUUCAGAGGGACAAAGAGUGGGUGCUAACUACCGCCCUUCACCUGGUUAAUCACGUGGAGAGGAUAACCGAGCGCUGCACAGCUGACCCUCACUGGAAAGUAAGGUUGGAACUUGUCAAUAUGGGGCACCUCUUGCUUACCCGGUGCUGGAAGGCACUGGUGGAGUCAUCUGGGAUUUUCCUUCAGAUUUUGGUAGGGCAUAUGAGUGAUGAGAAACCUGAGGUGAAGGAAAAAGCACUUGAGGCUUUGCAAGAUGUGACAAUAGAAGGACCAGCCUCACGGUCACUUGGGGAAGUGCUCUCAGAAAACCUCCACGCACAUGCUGUAACUCUACCCAGACUGCUGAGUUCUCAGGAUGACAAUGGAAAGCUUCACACUUUGGCUCUGCUGCAGGGAUAUCUUCGGUUGCUUGGCUCUCGACUUGCAUUUACUCUGCGCUCCUCGACUCACCUCCAGCGACUCUCGUCUGCACUUCUGCAGACACUUGAGCUGGACAUUAGUGCAAUGAAAGUGGUGGAGGAGCGGGCUCCUGCUUAUGAAUCCCCUUUUAAACAUGGUAUAACAACCGCUGGAGCUUCGCAGAAGAGUUUCCGAUUCUUCAGGGAUUUACGUGUGCUGUGCUUUAUUCAAAGUGUGUGUCGUCUCCUGGGGUAUUAUGGAGACUUCCGUUUGCUUACUGACCAUUUUUUGGGAAUGUAUCGAGCAAAGAGGCUACCUGCAAUCCUGGUUUUGAAUCAGUUGGUUCUUGGUGCAGCAGGUAUAGCAGUUGAAACAAUGGAUGACGGUAGCAAAGCCAUGACUUCAGAAGAGCUACUGGAAGCUGUGCGACCUCUUUUGGAUGAGUACAUUGACCCUUCCAACUGGUGUCUGCAGACAAACAAUGACACUGGAGAACUCGAAGAUCAGUUGUCAUUGCUGAACAUUGGAACUACUGCAAAACCUUCUGUCCAAGAUAUGAGUUUCAAUGCUUGGAAGAUCUGCCUUCAGCUGGAAGGAAUUGCAUGUUUUGCCCAAGCUGUUGGCUUCUCCUUCCGUUCGCUCCUCAUCACUUCUUUGUACCCACUGCUGGAGAAAGCUGGUGACACCUCUCUGUUAGUGAGUGGAGCAGCCAAGUCGACGCUGAAUGCUGUUAGCGUCUUCUCUGGAUACAAGGACAUAAGCCAGCUUGUAGAGCUUAAUGCAGACUAUCUGGCAAGCGAGAUCUCAGUUGGUCUACGGCGCCUUCGAAGGUGCCACGGUGGCGCUGCAUGCGUAUUACGUGCUGUACUCGAAUGCUGUGGGCCUAAUAUUUUGCCUUUACUGGAGGACCUUGUCCAGGAUGUUUUGCCUGCAUUGGACCAGUCACCAGAAGAAGUUGCCAAAAUACUCCUUCCUGUUUUGAGUUCGCUUAUCAUAUACAUAGGUAAAUGGGGACAUAGGCAAAAGCUUCUUAGGACCAUAAAGCGUUUGUUAGAGCUUAGUCAUUUUUGAGGGGCUAAUAACAUAGACAUUGAGAGAGUAAACACUUGACCUUGUACCUCUGAUGUGAUGAAGUCUUCAGUUAAACUAUGUGAGGUUCUUCAGCAGAUUGAGCACCUCUGAGGUUUAUGUGCAGGGUUCUGACCUUAUCUUCAGGUUCCUGAAAUUGUGUGCAUGGAGAAAAGUGGCACUCAGUGUAAUCUGUGUAUGUAUGUAUAUAUUUUAAGAUGCAACAGCAAAACCUUUCUGGUUGUUUUGUAGAACUUUUGGACCGAUUGUUCUUUGUAUUUUGUCAAGCAACUCCAAAACAGUUUGACAAAAAAAACACAGGAGAAUGGCACCAAUAAACUCAUCGUACCAUAACAUAUAUAAUAACAGGUAGUGGAUAUGGUGUUUAUAUUAAAAAAUAUAGAAAAUGCCCCUUUUAAUUUACUUCCAUUAAAGCCCUGUCUGCCCUUAAAAAAACACACCCGGCACCAUAACAACUUAAUUAACAUGACGUUGUUAUGAUGCCAGGAGCUCCCUGGUGCUUCCUUACCAUUAGCAGUUUCACCAAUCACAUACGGUUUAACCCUGCAGUUGGUUCUCCAGUGCCGCUCCUCGCUGUCAUCAGCUGACCUCUCUAAGCCAAUCAGCAACGCUCCUGCUCAGCGACAAUCCUUGCUUCCUCAAGCUGGUUUUCUGAAUCUGGAUGUCGACAGGGACAGCAAGGAACGGCCCUAGAGAGCCAAACUUGGACUUAAUUCUGCUCAAGUUGUUAUGGUUCCCAAACUGUUUAUUUAAUUGGACACUGUAAGUACCAAAACCACUUAAUCUUAAUGAAGUGUUUUUGUUGCUUGGGCAGUGUCCCUUUUGUGUGGCAGUGUUAAACAUUACAGUUUCAUAUAACCCUCCCUAUAACUCCUUCUAUUACUCCAUAUUACACCAUAUAAUCCUCCCUAUAAAAUUUAAUCCAUAUAACCUUCCCUCAUAACUACUAUUACUCCAUACACCCCUCCCUAUACCUCCUAUUACUCCAUACACCCCUCCCUAUACCUCCUAUUACUCCAUACACCCCUUUCUAUAACUCCUCCUAUUACUCCAUACACCCCUCCCUAUACCUCCUAUUACUCCAUACACCCAGGGGCGUUUUAGCCGUGAGGCAAACAAGGCAUUUGCCUUGGGCGGCAUUUUUCAGGGGGCGGCAAAAAACGCCGCCCCCCAAAUGCCAAAUCCCGAGCGGGCGGGCGGCGCUGGCGGGCGGCGAGGGUGCUCUUCCCCUCCCUCGCGCGCCGGCUACAGAGUGAGGCUGGGAGCCGGAAGAUGACGUCAUCUUCCGGCUCCCAGCCUCACUCUGUAGCCGGCGCGCGAGGGAGCUGAGCAGUCAGCUCAUAGGAAGUGCUCUCUCACCGGCCGCCCGCCUGCCAGCGCCGCCCGCCUGCCAGCGCCGCCCGCCCGCCAGCGCCGCCCGCCCGACCUGCAGCCACUGGACCACCGGACCACCAGGGAGAGAGACCCUCUUUAAAUUAAAAAAAAAGUUAAUGUGUGUGUCUGACUGUGUAUGUGUGUGUGUGUGUUUGUGUCUGACUGUGUGUGUUUGUGUCUGACUGUGUGUGUGUGUGUCUGACUGUGUGUGUGUUUGUGUCUGACUGUGUGUGUUUGUGUCUGACUGUGUGUGUGUCUGUGUAUGUGUCUGACUGUGUGUGUGUGUUUGUGUCUGACUGUGUGUGUGUGUAUUUAGAAGGUGGGGCGGGGGGAGGGGGGCGCCUGAGUUUUGUCCUGCCUAGGGCAGCACAAAACCAGGAUACACCACUGCAUACACCCCUUUCUAUAACUCCUCCUAUUACUCCAUACACCCCUCCCUAUACCUCCUAUUAUUACUCCAUACACCCCUUUCUAUAACUCCUCCUAUUACUCCAUGCGCCCCUUUCUAUAACUCCUCCUAUUACUCCAUACAUCCCUCCCUAUACCUCCUAUUACUCCAUACACCCCUCCCUAUAACUCCUCCUAUUACUCCAUACACCCCUCCCUAUACCUCCUAUUAUUACUCCAUACACCCCUUUCUAUAACUCCUCCUAUUACUCCACGCGCCCCUCCCUAUAACUCCUCCUAUUACUCCAUGCGCCCCUCCCUAUAACUCCUCCUAUUACUCCAUGCGCCCCUCCCUAUAACUCCUCCUAUUACUCCACGCGCCCCUCCCUAUACCUCCUCCUAUUACUCCAUAUUACAUCAUAUAAUCCUCCCUAUAAAAUGUAAUCUCUAUAACCUUCCCUCAUAACUACUAUUACUCCAUACACCCCUCCCUAUACCUCCUAUUACUCCAUACACCCCUCCCUAUAACUCCUCCUAUUACUCCAUACACCCCUUCCUAUAACUCUUCCUAUUACUCCAAGCGCCCCUCCCUAUAACUCCUCCUAUUACUCCAUGCGCCCCUCCCUAUAACUCCUCCUAUUACUCCAUGCGCCCCUCCCUAUAACUCCUCCUAUUACUCCAUGCACCCCUCCCUAUAACUCCUCCUAUUACUCCAUGCACCCCUCCCUAUAACUCCUCCUAUUACUCCAUGCGCCCCUCCCUAUAACUCCUCCUAUUACUCCAUGCGCCCUUCCCUAUAACUCCUCCUAUUACUCCAUGCACCCCUCCCUAUAACUCCUCCUAUUACUCCAUGCGCCCCUCCCUAUACCUCCUAUUAAUCCAUACGCCCUCCCUGUAACUCCUCCUAUUAUUCCAUACACCCUCCCUAUACCUCCUAUUACUCCAUACACCCCUCCUUAUACCUCCUAUUACUCCAUACACCCCUCCCUAUACCUCCUAUUACACCAUGCAGCCCUCCCUAUAACUCCUAUUAAUCCAUACGCCCUCCCUGUAACUCCUCCUAUUACUCCAUAUACCGCUGUUUAUAGCUCCUCCUAAUACUCCAUACACCUCUCCUCCUAACCUAUAAACUUUUUAUAACCUAACCUAUAACUUUUAAUCCCUUAUUUGUAACUUUCCUGCUACUCCAUGAAAACUCUUUUCCUGCAGGAAAGUGGCUAGGACCACAAGACGAGGCAGAAAAGUUAGCUGAAGUAAAACCUAAAAUGCGUGGGCAUCCUGGGAACCUAGCAAAGGAAAUACAGGAAUUCUUUAAAGGUCACAUGGAGCAAAAGCGGCUGGCACAAGGAGAGGUCUGUGAAGAGGAGUGCGCAGGUAAGAACUAACACUCAUUUAAAAUGGAUAUCUUAAAGGGUACCUGUCAUGGCACAUCACACUUCUGAGAAAUAACAUUUUCUUCAGAUUUCAUCUAUACAUUGUGUUAGCCAAAUCACUAUAGAUUUCUUGAAAAAUCGUGUUCCCCUCCCUCCUGGCAGACAGACUAUUGGCAUAGACUCUAUGCCAAUGACUGUCUGCCUGAGUACACGCCUACAGGCUGUGUCCAGGCUUUUCUAAGGCCCAGCUUUAUUCUUCUUCCGCGAACAUGUGCUACGUCACUCCAUUCAAUAGACAGUGAAGCUAGCACAUUGCCCUCAUCAAGUAGGAUGUACCAGGCAUGGGUAGCAGUCUUAGGUUUUCCAAACAGAGGCAGGUCUCAGAGGAAGGUUGCCUCCCUGAAGGCGGGCUAUUGGCAGUGCUGAAUCCAUUGGAAAGGAUGUGAGUAAAAUGAAAACUUAAUAAAGCUCAAUUAAAGGUGGGUAAAUAUAGCACGAUUUUGGACAUUAAAAAGACUACAGAGAGUAAAAAUUCCGAUAAAAGGUUCACUAUAAAAUGAAAACCCCUUAGCUUUCUCUGAUGUGCCAGACAUGCCCUGCCCCAUGAACAAAUCCAUCAGUGUAUCCAAGAGACCACAUUGAGUCAGAGAUUUACUUGGCGGUGUUAACCAUCUGUUUUAAUGCCAGGUCUGAUUGAUUAAUGACUAUCCUUCUCUGUUCCCCCAAGAUGUGGUGCCUCCAGGGCUGACCAAUAACGAUGAGGAGGAUACAGGGAUAAUGUUCACUAACAUCAAGAUCUCCAAAGAGGUGGCAGAGAGAUGUACACACUUCCUAUCACACAGUGACCCACAUAUCCGAAUUAAGGUAUCAAAAAUAGAAAUAAAACAAAAUAGGGGUCAUGUUGUAAGAUUUGAUUUUUAUUCUCUAAAAACAAAUUGUAUUAAACACUUACAGAUAUUAAUAGAUAAGCCUGAAUUUUAUAUAAAGAAGUAAGUUUAGAAAAGGUUUGAUCUGUCUUAUUAGAUCAUAGAUAUGUAUUUUUAUUUAUUUUUAAAAUUUAUUUUAUGUUUAUGUAGGCCAUGGACACUUUGCGCCUCGCUAUAAUUCAACUGGACUCUCAGGAAAACGUGCUUCUUCCUCUUGCUCACAAAGUCUGGCCUUGUCUGGUGAAGCGAUUGAUACAUGAAGAGCCACUUAUAUUGCAGCGAGCCUUCGAGGUAAACCCACCACUUGGCUUCUCUGUGAGGUCAUUAGAAGACCUUCAAGGAUUGCCAAAUUCAGCCAUCUAACAUUAUUGUCGCGUUUGCAUUACUGUAAUCCACACAAGAUUUUCCACUGUUUUCUUGGGUACCUUAUGGUGUGUGGGAGUCACCUAGUUCCUGGUCAUGCUAAUUUUUAUCAUUUUAGACUUCGAGUCUAUCGUAUAGUCUCCAUUGCAGAUUGAAGAGUAGGUUGCCUCAUUGGUUCAGUACGUAUUCCGUACAAUUGUCUUGAAGAGCAUGCAUGCUGGGAAGCCAGGCCCAAUUUGCUUAACUGGUCCCUCAAAAAUAAAGGGCAUUCAUUGCCCAUUAAUGAUUUUAAGGUUGGAAUUUGGAGCUGUGGGAUAUGGAAGAAGCUAAAAAGGCUGUAGUGUAGCUGCAGGUUCAGGUGGUUUAGGAGAACAACUCCAACAUGAAAGGUGAUCUGUACAUGUCUUCUAGGAAAGGAUGUCAUAGCCCUGUAAACGGCGAAAUACCCAUAAAGAGGAAGAAACCAUUUUAUUAUCUGAUUAUUGCAGUAGUGGUUCACUUAAGCCAAAAAAAAAACUAGCCAUGGUCAAGUCCUCUCUAGUAAGUUACACCCUCCCACAAUAUGAACUUCUUUAACAUGGGAAUGGGUUAAGUGAGUUUAAAAAAUAAAUUAAAAAAUUACCCCCCUUUUUUUUUUUUUUAAUCUUUAGAUAUAGUUGGUAUAGAGUUGGUGCAGGUUACCCUUUGCAUCAUAACCUUCUCAGCAACGCAAUUUUGUCAUAGUAACUUGUUUUGUUGCUUAGAUUGACCCUUCAACUGAACAUUUCGAGCACCACAACCACUGUGGUAUGCUGUAGUGUUUAUGAUGCUAGGAGUGCCCUAGUGUCCCCUCAUUGUAAGUACCAAAAUUCAAACCAUUUUAGAACAAUUUGACUUUUUACCUUGGGUUUGCUGGGCUUGCUCUCUACCUCCAACUGUACCCAACAGAGAGCUAGAAGUUCUGUUGCUGAACUCGGCUCAGGAAAGCUGGGGAGCACCUAAACUGGGGAUCUGGUACAUCUGCCUGAGCUAAGUUAAGGAGAACUAAAACACGCUCUUAAGCUUCUGCCUGGCUGUCAGCUGUAGUGUAGUUGGGGAGCAGCAGGUGAGAAGUAAAACCGUUCUAAAAUGAUUUGACUUCUGACAAUGGAUGCACACCAGAGCUUUCCUGGCACAUUACCACUACAGUGCAUUAUAGUGGUUAUGGUGUUUGGAGUGUUCCUUUAAUAAUGGUAACAGGAGCUCAGAGAUUUCAAUGUACAACCCCCACCACCAUCACCCUUUCUUAUGACACUAUGGUGAAAAUAUAUUCCUAGUUAAACCUAUUGGAAAUCUGACCCAUCACAACUCUCCGUAUCACAUUCUCUAACUAACUCCGCCAUUUCUCGUUAUUAGGUGUUGGUUUGUCUUGCCACUUCAUGCAGAGAUUUCCUCAGGCAGCGAGUAUGUAAAGAAGCUUUUCCCGCCUUUCUGAGCUUCCUGCGUUCUCAAGCUCCGAUUAGUGGUCGCGUCUCGACUGUCUACAGUCACUCGCAAGCUUUUAAGUUGCAGCUAACAAUGCUGGAGGGCCUCGGGAAACUUUGCGCGUCUUUGGGACUAUGUGAGUUACUAGCAGGCAUUUGCUUUUAAUGUAAUUUUUUUUUUUUUGGGGUAGGAAGGCAGAUAAGGAAACAUUAUAGGUAAUAUAACCACUUCAGUGGAUUGAUGUGGUUUUGGUGCCUGCUGUCCACAGGCACCAGCUUCCACUUUACCGCUAAACUUUACUCACCCGCUAGUAAAGAUGCUCAGUUCUCAGCAGCCUGAAACCUAGCGAAUCUCUCUACUAAACAGUGAGUAAAACACUUUAGUAGUAAUGCAGGACCCGGCACUCAAACACUCCAGGCACCAUAACCACUUAAAUCAUUUGCAAUGGUUAUGGUGCCUACAGUGUUCCUUUAAGAUGUUUGCAUUUAGAGGUGCUGUGUGUGACAUUUAAUUAUUCUGGGUUUUGUGUGAAUGAUCUCUCCAGUAUGACAUCUCAAAGCUUAAGUUUAUAAUGUGGUUAAGAUCCACACAACUGUUCAAAUCGGAUGCAUUGCAGCAGCUCUGAGUAUGAGUGUAGAGCUGAGGAUUUUGUGUGCAUGGUUUUACACUAGGGUUUUUUUGGUACAAUAUUCUGAUAAUGUGCAGAGUGUGUGACAGUGUGAUGCAACACCUUUACCUGCAAUAUACAGCAUUCACUGUGGAAUUGAAGCUGUGUGCGACAUAGUGCAACAUCAGUCUUUUUCAAACCAUUGUGAAGAGAUGUCGCUAUCGUUGCAGGUGACGGUGACAUUUUGGAUGUAGCAGAUGCCUGUAUGCUGUAUCUGAGCACCCGCCAGCCAAAGAAACUCCAGAUAGCUGCUACAAGGUAAUCCAGAAGUCUGGCUAAUCUAGAUACAUCACGCCGCUAGUCCUCUUUUCUCCAUCACAAAUCCUAUUACCUGUCUUUUGCAUUUUGUAUUCCUACAUCUGGCUUUAACACAUAAUAGCUUCAUUAUUCUUCCCAUCAAUAAUCAGGGCUAAUUAAAAGCAGAUGGCUUCAGAAAACAAGAUUAUGAGAAGGGGAUAAAUUGUGAAGACCGAACUAGAUGAUGAGAAAUGUAAGACAGGAGUGAAAAAUCCACUAGAUUAAAAACUAGUUGUAAUUCUAACCCAAUAAUGUGAAAUAUAUAUUUUAGCAUUUUGGUAAAUGUACCCAGUUGACUCAAAGAUGCCAGAUGCACCCUUAAAUAUCAUAAAUGACCUUGGGCUCUCAAUGACCCAACCACGUGCUCUCUGCAUACAACAAGGCUUGACAUAUCAUGGAACCAGGAUUCCAUGGAGACACAAAAUAGAACCAGGUGCUCCACUGCCAUUUAAAAGAAAUCAAAAGAUCUUCCCUGCCUAGCCAACAUAGCAAUGGAGUGGGCCAUCUCCGCCUGCCCUUUAUUGUAGAGACAACUUCCUGAUUUCCAUUCACUCACCCAUGGUGUAAUCAAUCAGAGCAAGGGAAAGAUGGGAUGUGUCAUCAAAUCCUGGGGAUAGCCAACCUUUGGCACUCCAGAUGUUGUCGGCUACAUCCCUCACAAUGCCUUUACACCCAUAAUGCUGGCAAAGCAUCAUGGGAGGAGUAGUUCAAAACAUCUGGAAUGCCGAAGGUUGCCUUGCUCUGAUUAAAUGUAGGUAUACAGGAGUGCAAGGAAGCCAAGAAGCUGUUUCUGCAGCCAUAGGAAGCAGAGAUAGCUUACUCCACCAGUAGACUGCAGUAAUGCAGCCACCCAGUAGUUAAGUAGUAUCUAGGUAAACACAGGGUCACUUUAAAUCUUAAUUUGAGGGGGAAUUCCGAUAGCAAUGGAAAAGGCCUAUCUGUAUGGGUAAAUUUGGGAAAGGGGAUAUUGUACAAUUAUGGUAAAAGAGAGCUCUAACCCAUGUGUAAUUGUACCCCUCAAUGUAAUACUUUCUCAAAAUACUUCAGCAAAAUUCAUAAAAAGAAAACUACUAAUAAAAAAAGAAAAAUCUUGCUCUCCUAGAAUUAAUUUGCCAAACUCUGGUAAACACAUGAUGCACACCUUUCACUGCAUGCACACUCUUUCAACUCUCCUCCAUUCAGGUAUUCAAAUGCAAGUGUCUGGACUAGUCCACAUGCAUACACUAAAAAUGUUACUCUCCUCUUAUUUAUUUUUCUCCCUCUAGCACUUUCUUCACUUUGGUAGAGAUUGACCCUGACAUAAUUUGGCUGUACCUGUGUAAGUGGCAGAGCCCUCCUCCACUACCCCACUCUUCCCUCAAGCCGCUGCAGUGGACUGCCAGGCCCCAUGAUGAAUAUACGCAAAAUGUUAGCAAAAUCUUGCAGAAGCUGCACUGACCCGAGGCUGAAGCCUACUGAUCGCCGUUAACACAUUUUCCUAAUUCAUGCAGUAGUUCGGACCAGAGCCCUUCACCAGCCCAGCUCUUCCCACCUGCAGGCAGGUGAUGUGAAUUCUGCAAGCUUAAUACUUUGUAUUGUGCAACUGGAUGUUUCAAAAUGAGCGUUUGUACCCAUAUACCUCCCUGUGGGAGAGGAUUAAGCACAGGGGAUACCUGGAACCUCAGAACUGCAACCCGAAGCAUGUAGUGUCGAGGAUCUAUGUAUAUAUUUUGAAGUAUUUAAGUGCACUUUUCAGGUGAAAUAAAAAUGCUGUAGAUGUGAUGUGAUUCUGAAGCACAUAUGUUAACCUCCCGCUGUUUCCCAGUUAUACCCAGCAGACAGCCCCGCAUAUCUCGGCACAUAAAUAGAUUCCACCAUCCGGUCUAGGGUGAUCCAUUAACUUUAUUUACAUCCAGAAAGAAUUGCAGUGCCCCGGAGGGAAUGUGACAGCAAGAUAAUAGAACCAUAGUCCUUUGUCGAUUAGAGGAAUGGUCUCCCCUAAACAAUAAGGCAUCUAGGGGCUUACCGUGUGUGUAAACCAAUCAAACUAAAUAGAUAUUUUGGCAGCAAACGGAUAUCACCACAUAGUCCAUGUCACCCAACUCAGCCAUAGCUGUAAUUAGCAGCAGCAUAUACAUCGCAAUUAGCAAGUGUAGCAAAUAUUACUAUAUACUAUACACAGUCAAACAUGUAACCCCCUUUACAUGGAAUUUGUUACCAAAAGCCAAUUUGGGACAGCUAUGAAGAACAGAAUAUAAUCUAUACAUUCAUCUACUAGAAUCACAAACAAAUUUUAGAGAUCACGAGGAAAGAUGGAUUUAAAAAAAAAAAAAUGGGUUUUCUAUAACCCUGUGGCAUGAUAUAGAAUAGAAUGUAAAUUAACCAUUCACUACUGUAGAAGCGUAUUUGCAUACGAGAAUGUUCGUUCUCCUCUCGAUCCAUACGUUUGUUUGCAGUUCUACUAUCAACUUAUAGUUUGUUGUUUUGUUGUUUAUUUUAUUUUUUUACACAUUUUUGCACAUGAUGUUGGGCUUUUAAGAAGCAGAUAUUUUGCUCACCAGCCUGGCUGUACAAGAAGUUAGUAUUAAUAAAAGUUCACGAGAUCAAAUGGGGAACAUGUAUCUUUAACGCUGUGAGUGUGCGAUACAUCGUGAGAUCACCACUCCAACUAUUAAAAUUUACCCAGAGUGUGUCUGGUAGAGUGCUACUGUGACAGAAAAGGGCUGGAUGAAAAUGUGGAGAAACAAUACGUUUGCUUUCCACAACAAUAUUAUUACUAAACUCCAGGGAAUCAUUUAUUUUUGUUUGGGUAAAAAAAAAACUGCAAGAUAAGAGAGACUGGCUCAUUUACAUAGUGCCAUUCUUCACAUCUGCUUUUUAAGCCAAAAUUCUAAAUUGCUACAUUCAAUGUUUAUUGCACAAACCCUGCAAAAUCUCCUCCAUUAACCUUUAACCCACAGCCAUUCAGCUGCUGAAUUUCAAUUUAUAACAUUCUGUGCCCGCCAAUAGGAUUAUGGGAAAAGUAUGCCAGACAUAUUAGUGCGGUGGUCUUUAUGAGCCAGCUAUGGCCUGUUUCAGGUUCUUUUUUUAACCUAUUGGAAUCAAAUUUGGUUAACACUGAACUCCUGGACCAUUGCUUGAUACUUGGGGACUUAAUUUAGGCUCACUGCACUGGCAUUAUAGUUGGAAUAUCAAACCUUAUGCCAUAGAAUCAUAAUAAUUCAACUUUUUAAAUUAAUAUAUAUUAACUGGUGAGUAGUGAUGUCAUGUCACCACAGGUAAAAAUCUAGUGAGGCUCUGGCCCUCUAAAAAUGGAGGAUGACACUUCAAAUUUGUGAUGGGGAGGCCAAUAUUUGAGGGAAAUUAAUAAACUCUUAUGUCUUGUUUACUUUCUUGGUCUAGGCCAAAGCAUCUCAAAGAAUUUUGUUUUAGUUUGUGGAUGUCAGUGUGGCCACAGUCAAAUAUGUUUUUUUUUUUUUAUGUAUAAAUGUUUUUCCCACAGGCAUUAUAAGAGCUGCAGUCCUGUACAAAGCUAAGUAAAUGACUACACUUCCCAUAAUUCCUUGCGUCAGGAAGAACAUAUGAGCAGAAUACAUAUUGUUUGCAAGAGUAAUGGGGGGAAUUAGUGUGAAAGUGCACAGUCUUUGAAAUUAGUGUUUGACCCUUUUAGUAACUGCAGCUGCUGCAGUGUGACCAGUGAAUUGGAAGAAGAUGUAGUUGGUUCCAAGUAUGAGUGACAGAAAAUGGGCACAUUGAGCCCCUUUCAUUUGUCUGUAUCAAUACCAGUCUGUCAGGGCAUCUUUAAUGCUCCUCAACAACAAAAGGGUUAACUCACACAUGAGUCUUUUAAAGUCACAGAGUUCCAUUCACCACCCUGCUGGGAGGUGGGAAGGUUUUAACCUGGGACGUUGAGAUGGGGAAAGGUGGAUCCCUUUCAUGCACUCCUGUACAUUGGGAGGUGUGGGGCUGGAGAAAUCCAGUGGCAGUCUACAGCUGGCAUUGAUCACAGGGCACCACUGAUCGCUUCUUCAGCUCCUUGCCUGGGAAGUGACGGUGGGGGCUGGUAUCCUGCAUGCGGUGAGACCCUCCGUUGCGGCGGCCCAGCUCUGCCUCCACACGCAGGAAUGCCUUCACCCGAUGCUGGCGCCCUUUCCCAUCACUGUAAUCCAGCACGCGGCACUCGUACGUCCCCUCAUCAGCGAUCUUCACAUUGGACAGGCGCAGCUUGUGUGAAAUAUUGCUGCCGAAAACCUUCACCAC